AUGGUCGCUUCGGCUGCGCCACCCGCGGGCGCACCCGCAGCGUCCCCGGUGGUGCCCGCGCGCACUCCCGUGAAGGCCGGCGGAGAGGCGAUGGCUACGGGGAGGUCAAGAGGGCAGUUGCGAGAGGUAGAGAAGAACGUGAGAGACAUAGGACGGGACGCGCGUGGCAGGGAGAACAGUAAGAGUAAGGUGAAGGAGGCGUUGCGCGAAGAGGAGGAGGUUGAGAAAGAGGUUGGGACGGAGGUUGGGAAGGAGGUUGGGAAGGAGAAGGAGGUGGAGAAGGAGAAAGACAAGGAGAGCUACGUGCGGAAGGAUCACUCGCUGGCAGCGCUCUGUCACAAGUUCUUCUGCGCGUACGCCGCGCGCCAAGGGGCGGUUGUGUCUCUCGAGGGCUUCGCCUCCUCCACUGGGGUGCGCAAGCGGCGGGUGUACGACAUAGUGAACGUGCUGGAGAGCAUUCGCGUGGUGCAGCGCCAGGGCAAGAACGAGUACGUCUGGCUCGGCGCCUCCGUGCUCCCCCAGGCCAUCGCCAACCUCAAGGCGCAGGCACUGGCGUCCCUGCAAGGCGCAUCCGCGCCUGCAACUCUUCCGCCCGGGGCUUUCCCCCCUGCAGCUUUCCCCCCGGCGGCGUUCCCCUCUUCCGCGUUUCCCCCCACCGCGUUCCCCCCCGCGCCGUUCUCCCCCGCCGCAUUCCCCCCUGCGGCGUACCCCCCUGCGUCGCCUGCUGCGGGCGCGGGUCACCUCCCCCCGUCGCUCUUCUCGCCCGCGCACCUCCGCGCACCCAUGGACCCGCCUCUCUCCCCCAUGCCCCUCCCCGGGCCAUCCGCGGCUGCUGCCGCCCCCGGUGGCAGUAAUGCCAUGACUGCUGCUGCGGGUGCUGCUGUGGCAUGUGGCGCGGGCGCGGGCGUGGGCGCAAUGCUUCCCCCGUCCGCGCUGUGCACGCCCACGCGGAACGGCCGCGCCUCCAGCCCCCUGCCCAGCCAUCUCAAGCACGACGACUCGCUGCCCGCCUCCCCGCUCUCAUCUCUCACCCUCUGUCACCUUCUCUCUGACGUUUUUCCCCCCUGUUCCGCUCCGCGCUGCACUCACUCAUCAUCAUUCCUGUGCGCACUUCUCCUACCAACCCCGUUUUUCUCUCUCUGCCUCUCCAUCCGCACACCUCCCUCCUUGCCGUCUCCGCCUCCCAAUUCCCCCGUUGAUUCAUCUCUCCCCCCUUCCCCCCCGCUCUCCCCCGUUCUCCCCCGUUCCCCCCCGUUCCCCCCCGUUCCCCCCCGUUCCCCCCCGUUCCCGCCCUUCCCCCCCCAUCCCGACCGUAUGCCACUUUGUGUGAGAGCAGCGCCGGCAGGAGGGGGCCGCAGUGACAAGUCCUUGCGCUCGCUCACACACCGCUUCGUGCAGCUCUUUCUGCUCGACGAGGCAAGCCCCCCCUCCGCUUUGGCCAUCCCCCUUGCUUCUUCUCGCCCCUCCUGUUCCUGCUCCACCCUCCCCUGCUCCCCUCUCCCCUCCUACCCCCUCCCCUCCUCCCCCCUCCCCUCCUCCCCUCUCCCCUCCUCCCCACUCCCCUCCUCUCCUCUCCUCGCACGGCUGCUGUCAUGGGACCAUGCGGUGGAGACGUUGCUGCAGGUGUCCUGCGACACGCACAACCUGCAGACCAAGGCGCGGCGGCUGUAUGACAUAGCCAACAUCCUGGCGGCGAUCUGCCUCGUGGAGAAGCUGCCGCCCGCGGCGCCCAGCAACAGCCCCUCGGCGCGCCCCACGUACCGCUGGCUCGGCACGCCCGGCGUCGCACACUGCCUGCUCGCCAUCGCGCAAGGGGUGUCAUCACAACCCGCUCACCCCGCGGCUUCAACACCCGCUGCACCACCGCCCACGCCCACGCCCCCAUCGCCAUCGCCCCCGCCUCUACCCCUACCGCCUCCAUCGCCCCUCGUAUGCCGCACCUUCCCCUCGCCCUCACCUCCUCCACAACCACCACUGCUUGCUACUGCUGCCUCUGCACCUGCUGCUGCCGCCGCUGCUGCUGCUGCUGCUGCUGCUGCUGCUGGUGGUGGUGGUGGUGAUGCUAUCACAGGCACAGACAGAGAGCAGGGUGCGGCACAGGCAGCCACAUGCGGCAGCAGUCCCAUGCCAAGCUUGCAUGCUGGUGGGGCAGGUGGGGAGUGUGCGGAUGGCGGGCGCGUAACAAGCAGAGGAGGAGGAGAAGGCGCUGGGGGAGCGCGCAAGCGAGCGCGGGCAGCGGAGGAUGGGGAGGCAGGGCGCGCGCGCAGUAAGUGCAGGGACGUGGGGCGGGGCCGAGGCGCGCGCGGGAUAGUGUGGGCCGCAGCACAGGCAGUGGCUGCUGCUGCUGCUGCUGCUGGAGAGAAGGAAGGGGCAGCAGGAGGGUUAGGAAGAGGAGGUGGUGGAGGAGGGAGAGGAGGGAGAGGCGGGAGAGGAAGGGAGGGGUCGAGAGGAGUGUGGGUGGGUGGGAGUGGCAACGGGUGGUCACCGUCUCGUGACCUUCCCAUGGUGCGCUAUGACGCACCUCCACCGGAUGACUCCGCUGCUGCUGCUGCUGCUGAUGUGUCGCUGCCAUCACUCGCAGCAGCGACCAAGAGCAAGCGAGGCGGGCCAAAGUGCAAGGCGUCGCGCCUCCUCGUCUUCCCAUCGCACCCUCACAACGCCCCUCCCGCUGCCCCCGCUGCUCCCGCUGCUUGCAACGCCCCUUCCACUACUGACAACACGGUCUCUCCUUCUCCCUCGCACCCGCGUCCCUGUCUGCCUAAUCUAGAGCAGGCCACGCCCUCAUGGCAUCCGCGCUCACCGCUGCAGCCCCUUGCCCUGCAAAUGCAGCAGCCACACUGGCGCAGAGAGGUGUCAGAGCAGCAUGCAGGUGUGGAGCGUGGUGCUGCCACAACAGCACCUGAACCGUCCUCCCUUGCCCCUGCUGCUGCUGCUGCUGCUGCUGCUGCUCCUGCCCCUAAUCCUGCUGCUGUUGCUGCUUGUGCUGCUGAAUCCUUAACAGCCCCAGCACCAGAAGCACAAGCAGCAGCAGCUGCUAGCACGGGAGAAAAGGCAGACGGCGCACUUGUCAUGUGUCCAACAGCCUGGGCGAACGGGCAAGGGGGACAUGACACGCUUCAGCAGCAGCAACAGCAGCAGCAGCAGCAGAGGCGUCAACGUGUUUCUGUGAGCAAGCUGCGGCCAAGGGUGCAGGGGCGAGGGGGCGCAGCAGAGGGGCAGGAGAAUGAGGAGCCAUUGGGUGCCGGGCUGGUGUGGGCUGGGCGGAAGGGCAGGGCAGGCGCAGAUGGCGCAGGCAGGGGGAGGGUGCGCGGACGGGGGGAGAGACGAGGGGGGCGGGUUGAUGAGGUGCGCCAGUGCAAGAGGCGGAAGGGAGAGGUGGCGCAGGCAGGGGGAGGGGACGGUGGUGCUGCUGGGGGGGAGGGGUGCGAGGGGAGAGAGGAGAGAGUGGAAUUGGAUGCGAGAGGCGGGUGUAAGGGUGGCGAGUCAAGGGAGGUGAGCGAGCGGCCAGCAGGUGCAAGGGCAGGAGAGUGGGUAGAGGUGCCGAAAGGGGAAACCGGAGAUACGUGUGAAAGAACGGGUGAAGGGAUGGGUGAGGGGAUGGGUGAGGGGAACGGUGAAGGGAUGGGUGAAGGCAUAGACGAAAUGUGUGGAGUGAGAAUGCGUGGGGCCGAGGCUGAGGGCAGGAGGACGACAGUAGCCAUGCUGCUGGGUGCUCGAAUCGAGGUUCUAGCCCCAGCAGCAGCAGAGGCAGCAGCAGCAGAGGCAGCGGCAGCAGAGGCAGCGGCAGCAGAGGCAGCGGCAGCAGAGGCAGCGGCAGCAGAGGCAGCGGCAGCAGAGGCAGGAGCAGCGGUGGCAGCAGCAGUGACCAACACUCCUGAGGUGUCUCAGAAGGGUGCUGCUUCAGCAGGAGCAGGCGCAGCAGAAGCACAAGUUGUUGCUGGGGAAUGGGAGAGAGGCGAGCGUGCUGGGAUGAAGUGGGUUUGUGGUGGCGAGCAGGAGCGCAGUUGUAGGCGGUUUGCUGUGUUGACAGGAGGAGAGGGGGAUGGGGAUAUCGAGGAGGAGGAGGAGGCACAGGGGAAGUUGGGGGACGAAGGGGCUCUUGAAAAAGAGGGAGGUUGUGGAGUAGUGGCGGCUCCCUCCGGUCCCACCCACCCUCACGGUAUGGAAUCUAUUGAGUUGGGGUUUGCGCUGCCAACCCCUGACACCCCUGCAAUAAACGCUGCACCUGCUGCUACUGCUGUUGCCGGCAGUAAUGCUGCUGCUGCUGGUGCUGCUGGUGGUGGUGGUGGUGGUGGUGGUGGGUGCAGUGCACACAGUGGCACGAGCAGAACGAGCAGCAGCAGCAUUGUGCAUGGUACGCCGACUCUUGCUGCUGACAUGCGCGUGUGUGCUGCUGCUGCUGCUGGUGCUGCUACUGAUGCUGCUACUGCUGGUUCUGGUGGUGUUUGUGGUGAUGGUGCGGGUCAUAGGAGGUGUAUGGGACAUGGGCUAACGGGUGAAGCAGCAGGGAGUGGGAACGAGGCGGAUGGUACGCUGGCAACGGGUGGUGGGGAGCAGGAGCGGUUGAUAUGGGGAAACGGGGGUGGAGGAGGGUCAGCGGAAGGGGGGGGAGUGUCGGACACGGGUGGUGGUGCAGUGGGAGUGGCAGGGGGCGCAGGAGAGGGGCUGGGGGGGCUGCCUGCGUGGGACUCAGCAGAGUUUGAGGCAGUCAGACGGCAGUACCCAGCCUUCUCAGCCUACUUCCUGGAGUUCUCCCGUGCGCUGCACACCCUCUACAAGGAUGGCCCAAUACGCCCUCCCCCUCUCGCACCUGUUGCUCCCAGUAGUCCCAUCCCUCGCUCAGAUGCCUCUCCCCUCCCGCCAUCAACCGGUUGUCCACCUGCCUCUCCUCCUCCCUCGAUCGUGUCCCCGAAGGCUGCUGCUGUUUUAUCAUGUGCUCCCACCGCUGCUUCUUCUCUUGCUCCUCCUGCUCCUGCUCCUGCUCCUCUUUCCGCUCUUACCACUCUUGCUCCCAUAACACCUGGGCAUACCCCGGCUGCUGCCACUGUCUCUGAAGCAAUGUCAGCACGGCUGUGGGGAGUGGGAGACACAGUGCCUUCUCUGCGACUCUACGGUCGUUGGCUUCACAGUCAACUCUGUCCAAGCACCGGGCUGUCGUCUGUUCUGCUGAGCCUGGCGUGUCGCCUGGCAGCAGCGCAUCCGCACCGCCCCGUCAUCUUCAUCGCACGCACGGGCGCCCUCGACGCGCACCCGCCGCUGCUCCCUGCCGUGCGUUCGCUUUGCCUCUCUCCCUGCCCUGCCCAGUCUUCCCAAGCUAAGCCUCUCACCCUCGUCUCCCCUCCUCCACCAAAUUUACAUGCGGUAACCCUCUCCCCUUUCGCCUGCCUCUCGCCCUCACUUCUCCUGUUCAUCGUCACCCUCUCUGGGUUCAUGCCUCUGCGUCUCUGCAUUCCUCCCCCGUCCGCACCUUCCCCCCUGCUUACAUACCCCGUGCUUACUUCCAACUUGCUCCGCCCUGACCUCACAGCGAAGCAGCGGGAGAUGGAAGCAGUGCGCUCUGUGGCGCUGCUGGCUGAUGCUGCUGCGUUCCUCAGCCAAGCAGGAACCACAAGUAACACCUCCAGCAUCGACCCUGCCAGCCAUACCUCCUCUCAUUCCCCCACCAGCAGCGACACUGCCCCUGCCACUGCCGUUGGCGCUCCUGCCACUGCUGCUGUCACUGGUUGCACGUUGGUUGUUUCAGAGUGCUUUCCUGAUGCCGCUCUUGAUCCAGACGUGUUUCUGCCCGUGACUUCACCGCUGCCUGCUGCACUAUCUGUAGCCCUGCCUCCUCGUGCUGCUGCUGUGGUGGCCCGCUUUCACCACCUCUUGCGAUGGCUUCCUCAAACGUUCCUCUCACUGCCCACUGCACAUCCUUGCCAGUUUCGCAUGCUUCCUCUUGAGCUCACAUCAUCCCUCCAUCCGCAUCAUCUAUCUCACCACCAACAUGAGCAAACACUUAUGGACCGUGGUUUUAGUCUGUUACGAGAGGAGAGUGUUUUGUAUGGGCUUGAAACAAUGCUGAUGCUCGUCUAA